UAGCGCGUAUCGUGAGCAGUCAGAGCGCAAGAGAUAUGGAAAAUGUCUUGAGAGAUCAUCCUCCACCACCCUGUGAUGGAGCUAAUCUUGAUCUGGGACUCAGUCUAAGAGAGAUAUGUGCUGCUCAUAGAUCUAACGAGAAACAGCAAAUGAGAGCACUUUUAAGGAGUGUUGGGCCAAGCUUUUGCCCUAGUGACGUGGAUUGGUUUGGAGAUGAAUCUCAUCCGAAAAAUGCUGACAAAUCUGUUAUAACAAAAUUCCUGCAAUCUCAGCCUACUGAUUAUUCAACUAGUAAAUUACAGGAAAUGGUACGCUUGAUGAAGGAAAAACGUCUUCCAGCCGCAUUCAAAUGUUACCAUAAUUUUCAUAGAGCUGACGACAUAUCACCUGAUAAACUAUUUUAUAAAUUGGUUGUUCAUGUGCACAGCGAUUCAGGAUUUAGGCGUUACCAAAAAGAGAUGAGGCACAUGCCUAGUUUGUGGCCUUUAUAUCGAGGUUUCUUUGUUGAUAUUAAUUUGUUCAAGUCAAACAAAGGGAGGGAUCUGAUGGCUCUGAAAAGCAUUGAUAAUGCGGUCAAAGAUGCCAGUGAAAAUGAUGGUCAACGAGAAAAGGAUGGUUUGGCUGAUGGUGAUGCUAACUUAAUGAUCAAAUUAAAGUUUCUCACAUACAAGUUGAGAACCUUUUUGAUCCGUAAUGGCCUAUCAAUUCUAUUUAAAGAAGGGCCAGCAGCUUACAAAACCUACUAUCUUAGACAAAUGAAAAUCUGGGGUACGUCAGAUGGAAAGCAGAAAGAACUUACCAAGAUGCUUGAUGAAUGGGCUGCUUACAUAAGAAGAAAGUGUGGGAAUGAUCAGCUAUCUUCAUCAACAUACUUAAGUGAAGCUGAGCCAUUCUUGGAGCAGUACGCGAAGCGGAGCCCAAUGAAUCAGAUUUUGAUAGGGGCUGCUGGGAACCUAGUUAGAACUGAGGACUUCUUGGCCAUUGUGGACGGUGAUCUAGAUGAAGAAGGCGAUCUUGUGAAGAAAGAAGGAGUGACACCAGCUACUCCUGAGCCAGCUGUGAAGGAAGCUGUCCAAAAGGAUGAGGGGUUAAUUGUAUUCUUUCCAGGGAUUCCUGGAUGUGCUAAAUCUGCACUUUGCAAGGAGUUAUUGAACGCCCCAGGAGGCUUUGGAGAUGAUAGGCCAGUGCAUACUCUGAUGGGUGAUCUUGUCAAAGGAAAAUAUUGGCCAAAGGUUGCUGAUGAACGUCGUAAAAAACCACAAUCGAUUAUGUUGGCUGACAAAAAUGCUCCAAAUGAAGAUGUCUGGAGACAAAUUGAAGACAUGUGUCGAAGAACUAGGGCUUCUGCAGUUCCAAUCGUUGCUGAUUCUGAAGGAACCGAUACAAAUCCAUAUUCACUUGAUGCCUUGGCUGUAUUCAUGUUCCGGGUACUUCAACGAGUUAACCAUCCGGGAAAGCUCGACAAGGAAUCUUCAAAUGCAGGCUAUGUGCUAUUGAUGUUUUAUCACCUUUAUGAGGGAAAGAACCACAAUGAAUUUGAGAGUGAAUUGAUUGAGCGCUUUGGCUCCCUCAUCAAGAUGCCACUAUUGAAAUCAGACAGGACUCCUUUACCUGAUCCUGUUAAAUCAGUUCUUGAGGAGGGCAUAAAUUUGUUUAAUCUCCACAGCAGAAGACAUGGGAGACUCGAGUCGACAAAAGGAACAUAUGCAGCAGAAUGGACCAAAUGGGAGAAACAACUACGAGAUACUUUAGUUGUGAAUUCUGAGUAUCUCAAUUCUAUUCAGGUUCCAUUUGAGUCUGUGGUUCAUCUAGUGCGAGAAGAGCUAAAAAAUAUCGCAAAGGGUGAAUACAAGCCACCAAGUUCAGAGAAAACAAAACAUGGGUCUAUUGUUUUCGCUGCCAUCAACUUGCCUGCUACUCAAGUUCACAGUCUUCUUGAAAAGUUAGCCGUAGCAAACCCAACAAUGAGAUUUUUUCUAGAGGGUAAGAAAAAGACCAUACAGGAAAAACUUGAACGGUCUCAUGUGACGCUUGCCCACAAGAGAAGCCAUGGCGUAGCAGCUGUAGCCAGCUAUGGUCAGCACUUGAACAGAGAGGUACCCGUAGAGCUCACGGAGCUCAUCUACAACGACAAGAUGGCAACUCUAACUGCCAAUGUCGGAUGUGUGGACGGAGAGACGGUAGUCUCCAAGAACGAAUGGCCACAUGUUACGUUGUGGACUGGAGAAGGCGUAACUGCGAAAGAGGCCAACACGUUACCUCAGCUUUACUUAGAAGGGAAGGCGAGCCGCUUAGUGAUAGAUCCUCCGGUCUCAAUCUCAGGUCCUCUGGAAUUUUUCUGAAUAUUUAUGAAACAUGGAAGGUGCUCUCGCUUGAGGUUGCUCGUGGAAUGGGACACUUAUGAUUGUUAUUAUAAUAAACCGUUUCCAUUGUCAUGAGAUUUUGAGGUUAAUAUAUGUUAAUUAUUCUUCUUUUUUAUUUGAUGUUGAAUAAAUAAAUGAUACAAGUGCCUCUUCA